AUGAUUUAUUUUACUUUGAAAAUAUUUAGAAAACAAACAUCUUUAAAUGAUAAACGAGCUUUUUGGGAACGAUUUGUACAAAUUUUUCAAAAUAAAUCCAAAAAUUUAUCGGAAGAUCAAGGAAAGAAUUUUAAAGAAAAUAUAGAAAAAGAAUUAUUACUCGAGAGUGAAGAAAAAAUUACUGAAAUCAACGAAGAAGAAAAACUGUUAAUUGGCAGCCUUUCUCCUUAUUUAAAUUUUUUUCUAUCACUUUUUCUUUUCCUUUUUUGCAUUGGAAUAUCUGACAAAUCUGUGCCUAAUUCUUUAAUAUUUUGUGGAAUUGCUUUAUUUUUUACUGGAAUUAGUUUUGUUGAAUUAAUGUCUGAUGGAACUUUUAAUUUUUGGGGUUUAAUAACUAUUUUAUUUGCAAAUUUUAUUUCUUUUUUGCCUGUCCUUAGUUCAAAAAUUAAAUUUUCAAUCGGCAAAAGAUUUAUUUGGCGACCAUUUUUCUCUUGGAAGUUUGGAGCUUUUCGUCUCAAUUUUGGCUUAGCCUCUCUGUCACUUUUUGUUAUUCCCAUAAUUUUAUUUUUAAUCGCUUUACGGAAAUCCCGUCAAUAUCCUUCUUCAAAUAGAUUUUUUGUUUCUUUUUUAAAAUCUCUUUUGCCAUAUAUUAUUUGCCUUAUUUGGUCAAACAUUGCUUUUACAAUGGUUUUGAUUGGAUUUAAACAAUUUUCGAUAACAAAUCUUUUAUUGGCUAUAGCUCUUCUUUCUCUUAUUGUUUUGCCUAAUUAUAUUGGGGCUACUUUGGCUUGUGGAAUUUUAUUUUCACAAGUAAAAAGGACAAUUGAUUUUGUGGGUUUUAUCAGUUUACUUAAAAUUAUUUUUACAAUAAUUGUAUUUUUACUUCCUUUGAUUAUUAGAAAAUGUUAUAAAAUAAUUUUACAAAAAUACAAAAUUAAAUGUUUGUUUUUUGCUUAUUUCUCAAUAUUUCUUUUAUUUUUAGUAUUUAAUUUCUUCAAUACAAAAAAUGUUUUAAUUUUAUUUUUUGUUUAUUUGCUUGGUUCUUUAACUGUAAUUUCUUUUCUUUAUCAAAGCCCUUCCUCUUUUGAUGCUUCUUCUGAAUUAACUAAUCUUACUUGGCCUCAAUUUGAGAAUCAUUGUGCAAUGAAUGGAGCUAAUCAAAUACAUUCACAAAUGCAUUGUUCUCAAAUGAAAGGAAUGGCUAUAAAUUGGAAAGGAACUGUCCAAUCUGUUCGAAUUGCCGAUAUCGAUAAUUCUUUUGAGACUUUGCUAGAUUAUUUGCCUGAUUCUGUGGCACAGGCUAUUCGUUGUUUUUAUGAUACUGACAGCACUGAUGAGGAUGCUAUACCGAAAGAUUUGCAUUCGAAUGAGUGUAGUCUUGCUCAACACAAUCAUUAUACUUAUGAAUUGGAAGUGAGCCAUAAAUAUUAA